AACAAUGCAGAAGCCUUUCCAACUCCGCUCGCUCGCUCUCUCCUUCUCCAAACAAUCACUGCAGAGAGAAGGCAACUGGGAGAGAAAGAGGAAGAAAAACAGAAUGAAACAAGCAAACAACAGACUUUUUCAGCUGGCAAGGAGCCAUCCCUUCGCUCGCUAUUCUGGCUGCUUUCACUUGUUUUGCCUGAAUAUUCUCUCCUUGGGGACACUAAUAUCAUGAAGGGGUGUUUUUGUUUCCAAAGUAGCAUUUACGGUUUGUCUCCCCCUUCCCUUCUUUUUUUUUCACUUUUCGUUGUGCCUUCCGUUCCCUAAAAGACGUACCGUCCCAUCAAAAUCCCCUCGAGGGCCAGAAGUUUCAAUUUGGGGCUGUGAACUUCAGCACCGGGCGAAGGCAGCCGGUAGAAGGAGCAAGCAACAUGAACCGGAGUUAAAGCUCGUUCAACUGGUCCAGCCUGUGGAUUUGAUGAUUGCAUUUUCACGCUAUGAGAACUUGACAUACCAGUGAAGAUGAGAAAUACAAAUUAUCACAAGCUCAUGUUGGAGUGGGGCUAUGACCGGACCCGGGUUCAAGCUGAGAAGCAGAGGAUUGUGAGGGAGAUCCGUUCCGAGCUCAAGAGAAAAUUUAAGGCCAAUCACCCUAGGAUGGCCAUAUUAAAAAAAUGAUCGGAUAUGAAGAGGAGGAAUUUGGAGCAGAUCAGAGAGAUCUGUGACAGAAAAUGCCCAGGUUUCUCCUACUGACUUCUCUCCAAAAUUGAGCACCCCCCGAGAGAGGAAGGUCGACGGUGAGAAUCGAUCAUUUAAGCAACGCUGGGAAAUGGAUUACUUGUUUGUGAAGUCCAAAAACAAACCCCAGUGCUUGGUAUGUCUUCAGAUAUUAGCGGUCUGCAAGGAAUACAAUGUCAAAAGACAUUACGUCUCUCAACAUGAAUUCCAGUUCUCCAAAUAUACUGGCGACUUAAGGCUAGCAGUGAUCAAUGACUUGAAAACCAAACUGAAGAACCAGUCUCCAGUGUCUAUGCCAACCAUGAAUACAGAAAAAGCAGCCAUAAAGGCAUCGUUCCUCAUCUGUGAAGAAAUUGUGAAAAGGAAAAAAGCCUUCAGUGACGGAGCGUUUAUUAAAGAGUGUGCCGUCAAAAUGGCUCGUGCCUUUGGCAGCGAGGAAAUGGCCAAGUGCUUUGAGUCGGUGUCUCUCUCCCAUCAGACCGUCGCCCGCCGCAUUUCAGUCAUGGAUCAGUACGUCAGUCAAAAGGUAAACGAAGCUGUGAAGAACUGCUCUUAUUUUUCCAUUGCCGUAGAUGAGAAAACGGAUAUCACUGGUAGCAACCAGCUUAUAGUCUGUAUCCGUACGGUAGAUAAAGACUUCAACAUAUCAGAAGAAUUAUUACAUCUCAUGCCACUUGCAAGGUGCUGUGAAAGACCAAGAUGUUUAUGAGGAAGUGAAGAUGGCCUUGGCUGAACAUGGUGGCUUCGAUAGAUGUGUAAGCAUCAUUGAUGGUGCCAAGUCCACCGUCAUAAAGAACUCUGGUCUUGCCGGCUUGUUAAAACAAGAUGGCAUUGGAUGUUUGACGUUCCAUUGCAUUGUUCACGAGGAAGGAAUGGUGGGAACCUUGUUAAAAAUGUCUGAUAUAAUGGAGGUUGUGAUAAAAAUUACUACUAUGAUAAGAGACAAGAAAUGUGGUGUAACCCGCAGGAGGUUUAAAGCCCUUUUGGAGGAGCUGGAAGCCGCCAGCUGCGAUUUACCUCAGAAUAGACAUGUUCGUUGGUUAAAUGAAGGGAAUUAUCUCUGUAAGUUUUUCCGUCUCCGAAAAGAAAUUUACCUCUUUCUGACAGAAUUAAAAUCUGACCCUUUCCUGGAGGAACGUCUCUGUGACGUUGACUUCCUCUGUUCUCUCGCCUUCUUGACGGACAUAACACUGACCUUAAACUCUUUGAACCAAAGUCUUAAGAAGAAGGAUCAGAGCGUCUGUCAACUCUUUAAGCACAUCUCUGCUUUCAGGACCAAACUCAUGUUGCUGAAGUUAAAUCUGUUGCAGAACGAGCUGACCAAUUUCGAGUGCUGCAAUGAACUCUUCCAUGAAGUCAACGAAAGCGGUACCAACUUGGACUUCAACAGAUUUAUCCCAAAGAUUGAGACGCUUAUUGAAAACUUUAACAGAAGGUAUAACGAGCUCGGUGAGCUAAACUCGAGUUUCCGAUUAUUCAGUGACCCCCUCUCUGUCGAUAUUAGUAACGCCGACGUACAUUACAGGUUGGAGUUAUCCGAAUUACAGAUGGACCUUUACCUUGCCUCCAGAGCAGAGGUGGGGGUGCCCUUCUUCAAACUCCUUGAUAAGAAACGCUUCCCCAAUCUACGAGAUCUGGGACUGAAGCUUGCCUCCAUGUUUGGCAGCACCUAUAUCUGUGAGAAGUCUUUUUCUGACUUAAAUCACAUAAAAUCCAAAUACAGGAAUAACAUUUCAAGCAGAAUGCUGCUACAAGCCCUGCGCCUGUCUACUACCAACCUUAGGAUGGACAUUGAUGAACUGCUCUCUCACCCGUCUCAAUGAAGGACACGGCCGUUCAAAGUGUUAUUUAUGAAGUCUGAUUUGUAUGGUUUGAUUUGUAAAUAUAUUAGUAGCUGGUUUACAGUUUUUGUGGGUUUUUCUCUUUGAGUGGGAAAAUGUUGGCUGCUGGACAGAAUUUUUAUUUACUCCUGUUGGUCAAUUAUAUUGAGGAUAUAAUUUUUGGGGGCACUUCCGCUUGGCCUAAAAAAGUCUACAUUAUGCAGAAAUUCUGAAUUAAAGGAUUUUUUGAUUGUU